AUGUCUUCUGAGGAUACCACUGUCUCUACCCUCCGCCAGGUUCUGACCUCCGAGUCAGAGCCUCUUGCUCGUCGCUUCCGCGCUCUUUUCUCCCUCAAGCACUUGGCCUGCCUGCAGCCUCCCACCGAGCAGAGCCUCCCUGCUAUCGAAGCGAUCGCCGCAGGUUUCGCGUCACCUUCAGCCUUACUCAAGCACGAGCUUGCUUAUUGUCUUGGCCAAACCAAGAAUGUCGAGUCUGUCGCAUACCUGCAGCAUGUAGUGAAGGAUACCGAAGAGGAUGCGAUGUGUCGCCAUGAGGCCGCCGAGGCGCUAGGCGCUCUCGGCUACGAGGAUAGUCUGGACCUACUCAAGAAAUUGAGAGAUGAUACAAAUGAGUUGGAUAUCAUUCGGGAGACCUGCGACAUCGCCGUCGAUCGGAUCAUUUGGGAGAACUCAGAAGCUAAGAAGGCCGAGCAAUUGAAGCCUAGGUACGAUUUGCGCACAACGUUACAUUAUAUGAAGAGGACGCUGACAUUGAUGUUUUUGUUCUACAGUGAUUUCGGUUCUAUCGACCCUGCCCCUCCUAUGCCCCUGCAGUCCAGCGAGCCCUGCAUCCCUGACCUGGAAAAGACACUGCUUGAUACAAAGCUCCCUCUCUUCCAAAGAUACCGUGCGAUGUUUGGUCUGCGUGACCUUGCCUCGCCCCCGGACCUUCCCACAGCAGUUGAUGCCGUCAAUGCGCUGGCAAAGGGACUCAAAGACCCCUCUGCCCUCUUCCGACACGAGGUCGCCUUUGUCUUUGGUCAGCUCUGCCACCCUGCCUCGAUCCCCAGUCUCACAGCCUCCUUAAGCGACCUAUCCGAAGCUGGCAUGGUUCGCCACGAAGCAGCCGAGGCCCUGGGCAGUCUGGGUGACGAGGAGGGUGUUGAGGACACUCUGAAGAAGUUCUUGAAUGAUCCCGAUGAGGUGGUCAGGGACAGUGUUAUUGUUGCUCUCGACAUGGCAGAGUUCGAGAGGAAUGGCGAGACCCAAUAUGCGCUGAUCCCAGAAAGUGCCGCACCAGUUGCUGCUGCAUAA